CCCAUCAGUAUCGCCUCUUCGGUUGACUUUGUUCGUUAGCGUAACACAACUUCAGGUGAAAUGUCCAGCAAAAAAGAUCUUACACUGUUGCUGAUUGGUAAAACAGGAAUGGGCAAAAGUGCGACAGGCAACAGUCUCUUAAGGAGAGAAAAGUUUGAUAUAUCAAGUAAUUUGAACUCGUGCACUAAAUUAGUUGAACGUGGAGAAAAAAAAGGAAAAGACUUUACACUUACUAUCUUUGAUACGAGAGGGCUAUUUGAUGCUGAUACUGAUAAAAAUGAAGAUACUGUAACUACUGUAAAGCACAUGGAAUGGCUAAUGACAGAAUGUCCUAAAGUAGAUGCAUUUUUGCUUGUUUUAAAAUCAGGUACAUUUUCACAAGAAGAUGCAGAAGUUAUUGAACAGCUCAAAACAAUUUUUGGCCCAAAUUUUAUCAAAGAUUACUGUUAUUUAGUUUUGACACAUGGCGAUAAUUACGAGGGAACCAUCCCAUUUAACGAAUACUGUGCAAAAUCUACUGGUAAGUUCAAAGAACUUUACAACGAGUGCGACAAGCGAAUAUUUUUAAUCACAAACAAGGGAGGCUAUGAACAAAACUCACCCCGAGUGACACAAGGAGAAAACCUGAUAGCCAAGGUUCAAGCAUGGCGGGCUAAUAAAAAUCCUUACACAGAUGAGAAAGAAUUUGAGGGUGCCGCCCUAGCACGCAAACAGUUGGCUUUUGAUGCAGACAAAGCUAAUAUUACUAAAGAGUUAAGGAAAGCGAUUGAUGAGCUAAAAGAAGAAAUGACAACAUAUGAAAACAACAACACUAAACCUUCUACUGAUUUUAAGAAUAAACUAUACCUCCUGCGCAACGAUAUUAAACAAUCUGACCCAGAUCCCGAUACAAAGAAUUUGCAAUUGUUUCUGGAAGAAACUAAUAAGCUAAUAAGGAAAGCUGAUUCGUUACCAAAAGAGUCAUCAAACUGUACAAUACAGUAA